UUGUUUAAAAUACUGUUGGGGCAUAUAGAGAGGCCCAUUUCUGGCCCAAUCCACCCUUCUCUCUCUCUCUCAUUCUCUUUCUAAAAGUCUAUUGCUUGCUGUCAUUGAUCACUGCUUUGACGAGAAAGGUUUUUGUUUUCACUGAAUUCAUGUCGGAGGAUAAGGGCCGGCCGUUGCCUAAAUUUGGUGAAUGGGACGUCAAUGAUCCUGCUUCAGCUGAGGGUUUUACUGUGAUUUUCAAUAAAGCUAGGGAUGAGAAGAAGACAGGUGGCAAGCCUGAUUCACCAGCAAAGUUUGAUUCUCAUACUAGGUCUGGAGUAAGUCCUAGCAAAGCUCCAGCGGUAAAAAAAAUGGUUUUGCUGCUUUCAAAGUCCAACAGAAUCUUAAUGAGUUCCUCCUCAUAUGAGCGCUUUCAAAGGAGUACGCUGCAUUUGCAAAAAACCCCAGCAUAUAUAAGUCUAGAGAAGGUAGAUGUUUAGAGUUCUGAUUGCUGGGAUUUGUUUUCUUUGAUGGCAUACUGAGUUGUUUCUGGGGAUAGGAGCAAAAAACACCAUAUCAUUAUUGUAUCUAUAUACUGAAUUUGUGUUCUCAGUGGCCAAGCUCUUGCUACUUGGCUUCCCUUGUGUUGUUGAUGAAGAAUUUUUUGUUUGUGACAUGUUAUUUCAAGUGUAUGGAUGGAUGGGCUUGUUUUGUGAAUUACAAUACCAAUGCUUUUUGGAACUGCAGAAA